AACAAAAGCCACUCGCGGAGAGUGCUUUCCGCCAGAGUCGCUUGUCCAUUGCAGGGCCUCCUUGUUUCUUGCUUGUGUCACCGACUGACACCCGCUAGCCCCACCCACUUGUCCGUAUGACGCUUCAUCGAUCCCGAAUCACCGAGCGGGUAGCGCGCUCGCGGAAAUGUCACAAAGCCUCGAUAUCGACCUAAGGCGGGGCUUACGCACGUUGCGGAGAUCGCUCCGCCUCUUUUUGGUGACAAGGAGGGUUGUGAAACCGACAUGGGCCGGGACAAAGUUGGCGUGUGUUUCUUGCUAACCACGUCCUGCCAAACUGAGGCGACUCGUCCGACAAGAGGAGGGAGCCAGCGCGCGGAGCACUAGCAUUACAGGGAAAUUAACAGUAAUGACAAGGAGUGGUUAGACAGCGGACAGCUAAAGCAGCGGCUGGCUGGCCUAUCUAUCUAUUCUGCCUGCCUCAGUGCUAAUCGCACCACUAACUAGGAGCCAACACGACGGCAAAAAUUACUGCUUGAUUAUUGCGUUUAAUAGGCGAUCAUAACUGUUGGGCCGGACAGCUACUAGAGGAAUUUUCCCUCCUUCCUUUUUUUCUCGAUUGCUGCUCAUUACAGAUCGUUUCACGGACACGAAGAUAAUCUUUAAUCUGUCACUUGUCAUAGUUACUCCGUGAUCUGGAUUACACUAAGACGCACCGAAGGAAUUUGCGAGUGGAUUAAUCCUUGACUUUUCUAACAGGAAGAGGAGGAAGGAAAAAAAACACAAGUGGCGAGUGGUCAAUCAUUAUCCCAUUCUGUGGAGGAUUUUUCACCUUCUUCAACGACAAGGAUUGAACAAAAGUCUAAACACGGAAGUGAUAAUUGUUUCUACUUUUGAUGUCAACAAGAACUAGUGUUUACCACAAAGUUUUCGCAGAGAAAGUGCAGAGUAGAUUUCUCAGGUUUGUUCACAGGAAAUUACCUCCUCGGAAACUCAGAUCUCAACCCCAAGUUUAAAGUGUGAAUCAACUUGGAGUGUCUGUAUAUGUUCCAUUCUUGGAGCAUAAAGUAACACUUCAAAUUAAAUACGAUUGCUUCGGUAACCAAAAUAGUUACUCGACUGUUUGGGUCAGGUUGUAUCUCUCUGUAACUACCUGGAAAUUAUUUAAACGUUUACGGUGUAUCUGGAAUUUCUCUAAAAACAGAAAUGAUUUUAUAAAUAAACUCCGUUUCCUUUAUCACGAAGUCGCCAUCUGAUCUAGAAAAAAUAUCCCCAAAGUUGAUCAAUUCUCAUAAUAUUAUAAUUAAAAUGUAUGUUAUGUGUUGACGGUAGAAAAUAUAUUGUAGGAAACAUUUCCAACAUUUAUUUUUACCCAAGGAUUGGUAAGCAAGCAAAGAAAGUGUUUCUCAUGGCGCCGGAGAACUGUGACAUACGACAUGGUCAACCUUUCUAAGGCUGGCAAAGACCAGCCUCCAAUCUGGCUGACCACAACUGAUCCCGUAAAGUGAUACACAAGGAGAUCAGUUUUCAAGCGAAUGAGCAGCGUUGAUCUUUACAUCCAAAGAACUCUACUUACAGCAACAGCAAGUAGCGCCAGGACCAGAAAAUUAAACAGUAACAAAAUUGCGUAACACUCGCAAAAAAACGAAGAGAAAAUCCAACCGAAAACUUCUUUUUAACUCGACUUGUGUGUACUAUUACGGCAACUCAGCCACUGUCUACAGUGAGUCGUCUGCUGGGCUAUUCAGAGCCUGGAAAAAACUCACAAACUCUCAACCCCAAACGCAUCAACUUGCGUUGUUAUUUAUCAUUAGCUUGCCGAACUCAACGGAUUUUAUCGUGUAUUGUUGCCUGGCGAGAGAAAUAAACACAGGCCUCGCGUGAAGCCAUUCCCCACACCUGCAACACUACCCGACUACCGUGUGUCACCUGUGUCGCCUUGCUGCUACCGCCCCCCUCUCGCCACCAUGUUGAACAUGUCCGGGAUGGACGGGCUGGACGCCGACAUGAUGAAGCAACAGUCUGCCUUCAUGGAGCUCCAGCAACAGUCGGCCGGCCUCCCCCACACCAUGGGCCACCACCCGGCCUACCAGAUCCGCUCCCAGUACUCGGGCGGGCCCCACCAGCACCCACAAGCCGCCCAUGACGCUGUGUUUUCGGGCCCUCAGCAUAGAGGCGCCCUAGGGUACCCGUUUGGCAUGAACGGGAUGUCCAGUUCCUACUCCAGCCCGCCCACACACGCCUUCUCGGUCAGCCCCUACCAGACGCCCUCCCCGCCCAGAGAUGAUCUCUUGAGCCCUUCAUCCUCUGUGGUUUUGGCCAACCCAGGCUCCCACCUGGACCACGUGACCUCUCAACCACCAACCGCCAACGCAUAUUCGUCCUCGGGCGAUGACGUCACGGGCCAUCACAGUAGCGGCAUUCCGCACGGAGGAAACGGCAUCGGCAUUGGAGGAGGAGGAGGAGGAGGAGGUGGAGGAGGAAUGGGGAACGGUGGUGGAGGUAUAUUAGGUUACUCAUCCAGCUACGACCAUUACCGUCACUAUGGGGCCGGAGCGUACGGUGGACACUACGACAAACACACUGGUAGUCUCACACCCCAGUUGCCCACACCUAGUCCCGGAACCCCAGGGAGCUACCAGCCCCUGACACCGUUAACGCCCACACAUUCAGGGGCGGCGCCCGACCCCCACGCCACACCCUCUCUGGGCUCUGCUCCCGGAGCCACGAAUUCCUCCUCGUCGUCUUCGUCUUCGUCGUCGUCGUUGGCUUUGGGUACCUCGUCCGUCACUCCAUCUUCGUCCUCCUUAUCCUCUUCCUCUUCUGCGCCCACAUCUUCAUCCUCCUCCUCCACCACCUCCUCCCUCCCCUCAGCGAACACAGUGACGAGCAUGUCCUCUGCUGAUCUCCGACACCACCACGCCGUGAUCAAACAGGAGGUGGGAGAGCCUAUUGCGUCACAGUGCAGUCCCGGAGGAGGAGGUGGGGGAGGAGGAGGAGGGAUAGACAGAUCGUCUUGCGGGGGAGAUAUAACAAACCCCCUCCACGGUUCAUCUUCUUCUUCUUCAUCAAGGAGAUCUCCUCACGGAGCGGCGGCCAACAGCCACGACCUCAGCAACAGCAGCAACAACAACAAUAACAACAGUGGUGGUAGUGGUAGUGGACAACAUCAUCACCUCCAACAACAACAUCUUCAGCAUCCUCACCAAACGUCCUCCUCGUCAGACCCCACUUCCACACAACAACAGCAACAACAACAGCAACAACAACAACAACACCAUCAUCAACAACACCCCAUGGGCAACGGCGAGGAGGACGACUCGGCCUACUCCCGACAGUUGUCCUCCUUCUACAUGUCCUCCGCCCUCCCCACCCACCACGCCCACCCGCACCACGCCCACACGCACCACCACCAUGCCGCUUACCGCGGUGCUCACCCCCUCCACCACCACCAUCACCACCACCCACACCACACCGCCACCUUCCCUCCCCCUCUCAUGCCCGCCCCGUCUAUGUCGGCCGCUUCCUUCCGCUCCCCAAUGGUGCCGAUGCCGCCAUCUUUUCUAGGCAGAAAUUUCCCAGAUUUAGGAGACCCUGACAAGAGUCAGGUGGAGGAACAGCUCCGCAUCAACGGCAAGGGGAAAAAGAUGCGCAAGCCCCGCACCAUCUACUCCAGUCUCCAGCUGCAGCAGCUCAACAGGAGGUUCCAGAGGACGCAGUACCUGGCACUGCCAGAGCGCGCCGAACUGGCGGCAUCGCUGGGGCUCACACAGACACAGGUCA